AUGUUAUUAGUUUUAUAAUUCUAUUAUUAUCAUAAUUUGAUUAAAUAUAUGUGUCAGAAGUUACUUACUUUUUUGCACUUUUGCUAUUAUUUGGAUAAGUAUCCAGAAUUUUUAAUUUGAGAGAGUUGAGAUGUUUUCUAGCUAUACAUUAACAAGAGUAUUUGGUCAAGGAAAAGCUUUUAGUUUAUUAUUUAGUGGAUAAAAACUAUCAGCAGAAAAAUCAUUUUGAAUAUGCCUAAAAAAUCUUCAAAACUUAAGAUGAAAUGAUUAAGAAAGCAAGACAAUUUGCUAAUAAUUAGUAUAGCAAGUUGGUCUGCUAUUAUUCAUAGAAAAAAAUGAAUUAAAAUGGCAAUUUAUGA